UUGUAAUAGUCAAUAAUAGUUUUGUCAAAAUGAGAUUUUUGGUUUUUACAUUACUCGUCAGUCUCUGCGUAAUUGCAGUAAACGCUAAUGACAAUGUAUUGCCAGAAGAAGAAUUGCUUGAUAAUGUAUCUGACUCUGUAUACAUUGGAUCAGAAUCAGAUGAUUCAGUUGUUUUAGGUGAUUUUGAAGAAAGAACAAUACUUAGUAAAUUCUAUAAGGGUCUUAAGCUCGCUUUGCGUACCUUAAAGGGAGUGAAUUGUAGCAUUAAAGAGGCACUUUACAUACAAUUGGCCGCUAAGUCUUUUGUCGCAGAUUGUGAGAAUUGUGCAGUCGAAACAUCUAAAAAGUUAACAGCCGUUAUUAAGUCAUGUAAUGACGUCAUAAACACCGUUAAUGAUAUUGUGAAUUACAAUGACAAUAUUUGCAAUAAUGGCAAUUAUAAUGACGGAACUGAUGCAGAUAAGCCAACUCCUUCUAGUUGUUCCAAGAAAUUGAGAAGUAAAUUUAAUACAUUGAAUAAACAAAGCAAGAAUACGCUAAAACUCGUAAAAAAACUACCCGAUAUUCCCGGUGAAGCUGGAGUUUGUGUUAAAGCCUCCUUGGAUGCAUUGACAGAAGCUUUUACAUUGUUUCCAACAAAUGUUAUUGAAUGUUCCAAAUUGACCAGCAAUUAAAUAUUUGUGAGACAUUUUACAAAAGUCAAUAAAAUUAAAGUGCAUUGAAUAAUAA